UCAUAUCAAGAAUUAUCAUUUCAUUAUUCACCUCCACCUAUUUUCUCAUCAAAUCUGUUCGAAUUGCAUGUCAGUUUCAGGAAUUACACUGAUUGUCUUUAUUUAGUUGAUGGGCGUUUCAAUCAACUUCGUACACUUCAUGUGAAUAUUGGUACAAUUAGUUCACAUUUAGAAAUUGAUAAUAAAAUAGAUAUUUUAUUUAAUAUCUAAUUGAAACGAGUCAAUAAUAUUAUUUUUUAGGAAAAGCUUCCUUAUCUAAGAUGCUUUGUGCUAUGUUGUGAUAUGGUUCUAAAUGCAUUUGAUGGAAUAAUUGUACUAUUUCUACAUCGAAUGUCGAAUUUAGAAGAACUCACUUUGAAUUUUUCAAUCGUUGGCAGAAGCACAUUUAUUGAUGGAAACAAUUUGACAGAUAUUAUCAAUCAUAUGUCAUAAUUGAAGAAAUUUACAUUUAAUAUUUAUUCAAACAUUUGUCUUGAUAAUCAAAUUGAUUUGCCAUCAAAUGAAAAUAUACAAAACACAUUCAGAAAUUUUAAAUUUAAUCAAAUUAUUUCUUGUGUUGAUUAUUUUUUAGAGGCAGCAGAAGGUCAAUGUCUUAUUUAUUCAUAUCCAUAUACAUUGAAAGAAUAUAAUAAUAUAGCAAAUAAUUUUUCAGGUGGAUUAUUUGAAUGUGUUCGUGAAAUAUCCUUAUUUGAUGAACAACCUUUUGAACAUGAAUUUUUUCUUCUUAUUGCUGAAUCAUUUCCAUUGAUCCAAAAAUUAACUUUAAAUAAUCUAAAACCACAAAAGAAUAAACAAUGCCCAAAAUCAAAAGAUGAUAAACAAGAUUUCUCAAUCAUUAAAUAUCCUCAUCUUACUUAUCUUAAUCUAAAUGAAAUUCAUGAGGAUUAUAUUGAACAAUUCUUAGAUGAUACUAAAACAUAUUUACCAAACAAUAUGGAUCUUGCUACCGAUUAUGAACUACUGAAAAAAGCUACACAUAAUUUUAAAAGAAAUACAACACGAAUUAAUUGUUUAAAAAUAAAUUAUUUGUAUAGUUCUACUCUUUAUUCACUUUCUAAACAUUUGAAACACUAUUUUCUUCAUAUAUACGUGAAAUAUAAUAAUAAUUAUUAUUCUACAUUAUUGUUUAAAUAA